AUUUCUCAUAUCGCAUGAAAAUAUUAUUUUCGUAAUCUUAAACCAAAAAAGUGGAUCGGUAUCUGUGAAAAUAAGAAAACGAUUAUUUGAUGAUUUUGCUCUAAGUAAUUCUGUCAUGGAACAUGAAAUAUUUAUAACCAAGCACACUGUGCAAGAAAAAACAUUUUAUUUAAAAGUACUUUGGAGAUGGAAUCCUGAAGAACUAUUUUAUAUUUAUAUCAAUAAAGACAAUUCAAGUUGGUCUGGUGAAUAUUCCAUUCAAUCAGCAAAUAAAUAUAGAGAAGAGUAUACUGAUGAUUCUGAGGAAGAAUUUAUCGAAAAUGUUAAAAGAGCAUUUAGACAAAAUAACAGUGACUUUGACUACGACUUUAGUUCACUUAAAGAUAAAUCAUCUUCAAAAUUUACAUGGAAAAAAAGAUUUGGAGGAAAAAAAGUUAUACAAGGUACAGUAAAUGUAGUUUGGGAUGAUGUACCCACAACUAGGGAGACUUUAAUUGAUAAUUUGUUACAAGAAAACGAACAAUUAAAAACAACAAUUAGAACUAAUAAAGUACAAACUAAAGCUCAAGAAGAAGAAUUAGAAAAGUGUAAAAACACUAUAGAGAAAUUUGUAGACAUCAAGACAACAGUUGAAGAAACAUUAUAUGCAAAGUUUGUCCAAAUUUUGAAUGAAAAGAAGAAAAGAAUAAAAUUGUUACAAGAAUCUUUGCAAAAAUUGGGAGUAUCAAAUGUUUAUAAUUCAGAAAGUGAAUAAUUUAAUUUUUCACAUUGAAAAAGUAUGAUCAUACCUUUUAUAAUCUUAAUUAAUAAAAGAAAGAACUCUUAAAUAUUUUGAAAAUCAGAAAGUUUUAUAUUUGACAUCUUUCAAUAUAUCAUAAGUGUUUUUAAUUUAAUUACAUAUUAUACAUAUAUGAAGAACUGAAAUAUGCAAUUAUCAUGAAAACUAUUAAAUAUUUCAAACUUUAUAGAUAUUAAAUAAUGUUAAAAUAGUGCUCUACACAGCAGCUGUGCUGUAUAAUUUUUUCUUUGUAGCUUAGUAAUGCACCUGUUUCUUUUAGUGCAAGUUUUAAUUAUUACAUGAUUAAAAAUAUUUUGUAUUAUUUCUGUUAUAAUAUUUAGAAAAGAGUUAACAUGAGUUUUUCAUACAUCCCUUCUAGUGGUGAAACACUAUAAAAAAUUAGGGUAGUUGUGAUAUUAUACAAUUGAACUUUAACACUUAAGUUUUUUAUUUUACAUGAGAAAAAGUCAUUAAUUUGGCGAUUGAGAUAUACGAUUGACCUCCAUUACUUUCUCAACACUUAGCUUGUUUAAAUCAUCUUAUCUCUUUAAAUUACUUCUACUCUAUUAAUGUAUAAUAAUAAUAAAUAAUGUAGGGAGUAAAGUAAAUUAGCCUGUACAGUUUUUAAUUUGUUAAAUAGGCAGAUUUGGAUAGCUUUCUUUGGAUAACCAAUCCAUAGGCUUUGUCAUGCAGGGAAUGGGGGGUGGCACAAGACCCGCAGGAUGGUGUCACAGUGGGAGAUCCCUGAAAUGAGUGCAGCAGAAUGCCAUAAGCAGGGACAUAUGCAGGGCAUCGUCAUACAAUCAUCAAAUCCCGUCUUAUCAUCAGGACGGGUACUGGCAAAGGCGGACUUUCGGCGCGCACUGCGGUACCGUAGGUCUGGUGUAGCCG